UUGAUGAACAGCCCAAAUCCAACUAAAGCCAUGGAGAAAACGGAUAAAGGAAAAUCUCAUAAAAAGGUCAAGACACCAAAGAUGGAGAAUGUUGAAUCAUCCAGCAGCAUCAGUGAAUCUGUGAAACAGGAACCACAGGAUGAUGCUUUUACAGCAACGAAGAAAGGAGUGAAAAGGAAAAGAAUUAAAGAUGACCCCAAAGAGGGCACCAGUGAUUCUGCUAAUUCACCUACCCUAAAGAAGAAGAAAAAGCAACGUCAUCUCGAAGAAGGAGGUGAUGGAGUGGCUCAGACAAAGACGUCAAAGAAGAGAACACAAAAGAUGGUAAAGAAGGAGGAAGAAGAGCAGGCAGUGUCAAAAAAAAUUAAGAAGACAAAGGAGGAGAUUGAAGAAGCAAGACAGCUGAAGAUCAAAAAGAAGGAGGAGGAGGAGCAGAAUCGCUGGAGAUGGUGGGAGGAAGAGAAGUAUGAAGAUGGGGUGAAAUGGAAGUUCUUGGAACACAAAGGACCCUACUUUCCCCCUGAGUACCAGCCUCUACCUGACAAUGUUCACUUCUACUAUAAUGGUAAAAUGGUAAAGCUGAGCCUGGCUGCAGAAGAGGUGGCGGUGUUCUUUGCCCAGAUGCUGGACCAUGAGUACACCACCAAGGUGGUGUUCCGUGAGAAUUUCUUUAAAGAUUGGAGAAAGGAAAUGACCCAUGAGGAGAGGUCACUGAUUCAAGAUCUUGAUAAGUGUGACUUUGGAGAGAUCCAUGCCAUGCAUAAAGCCAAGACAGAGGCCAGGAAAAAUAUGUCCAAGGAGGAGAAACAGGCUUUGAAAGAGGCAAACCAGAAGAUAGUGGAUGAAUAUGGCUACUGUCUCCUGGACCACCACAAAGAACGCAUUGGCAAUUUUAAGAUUGAGCCUCCAGGGUUAUUCCGAGGUAGAGGCGAGCAUCCCAAGCAAGGCAUGCUGAAGAAGAGGAUCCAACCAGAGGAUGUCAUCAUCAAUUGCAGCAAAGACUCUCGUAUCCCCGUACCACCUGCUGGGCACCACUGGAAGGAAGUUCGACACGAUAACACUGUGACAUGGCUCGUCAGCUGGACUGAAAACAUCCAGGGCUCAAAUAAGUACAUCAUGCUUAAUGCCAACUCAAAACUGAAGGGAGAGAAGGAUUGGGAGAAAUAUGAGGUUGCUCGGAAACUGAAAUCACGUGUGGAUGACAUCCGUUACCAGUACCUCCAGGAUCUGAAGUCCAAACAAAUGGUUACACGCCAGAGAGCUGUGGCCCUGUACUUCAUAGACAAGCUGGCCCUGAGAGCUGGCAAUGAGAAAGAGGAGGGAGAGACGGCGGACACGGUGGGUUGCUGCUCACUUCGUGUUGAGCACAUCACUCUGCAUGAGCAGCUGGAUGGCAACGAAUGUGUGGUGGAAUUUGACUUCCUGGGUAAAGACUGCAUUCGUUACUACAACAAGGUUCCUGUCAUCAAAAAGGUGUUUAAGAAUCUUAAACUUUUUCUGGAGAAUAAACAGCCCGGAGACGAACUCUUUGACCGCCUAAAUACCAACGUUCUGAACAAACAUCUGAGUUCUCUAAUGCCCGGUCUGACUGCAAAAGUCUUCAGGACAUACAACGCCUCCAUCACUCUGCAGCAGCAGCUUAAGGAGCUCACAAACAAGUCUGACAAUGUGGCAGAGAAACUGCUGUCCUACAAUCGAGCUAACAGAGCAGUUGCUAUUCUGUGUAACCACCAGCGGGCGCCGCCAAAGACCUUUGAGCAAUCCAUGGCUAACCUUCAGGCCAAGAUUGAUGCCAGGAAGGAGCAGCUGGCUUUAGCCAAGACGGAGCUGAAACAAGCCAAGAAGGAGGCCAAGACGAAGGGGAAUUCUGACCCAAAGUUGCAAGCGUUGGUGGAGCGGAAAAAGGCAGCAGUGAAGCGUUGUGAAGAGCAGCUGCUGAAGCUGGAGGUCCAGGCAACCGACAGAGAAGAGAACAAACAGAUCGCUCUGGGUACCUCAAAGCUCAACUACUUAGACCCGCGGAUAUCCGUGGCCUGGUGUAAAAACAUGGAGGUACCUAUAGAGAAAAUCUACAAUAAAACCCAACGGGAGAAGUUUGCCUGGGCCAUCGACAUGACAGAGGCAGACUUUGAGUUCUAACCUAAAACUUAUUCAAGUCUCAAAAGGUGACAUAAGCUGCAAUUCAGAAACCACUCUGUUAAUUUUACAUACAGUACUUUAAUACUGCAUUUAUUGUAGUUUCAAAGACUGCCCAUGUUGUACUUAUAACUGUGUUGUACGAUCGAGCUGUGCUUUAAUGUGCUUUUGCUUAGUGGUGUUUGUUUUUGUUCGACAUUUUCUUUGGAAAAACUGCUGUUAUUUACUGUUUGUAUGUUUUUGUUUGCAUUAAUCUGAAUAAAGGUUCCCAUCAGGCAGUAAUGGGCCAAAGAAGCUGUCACGAGUUCUUAAACACCACUUUUGGGGAAGUGUUGUUUCAAAUGCAUAAUUCUGCUGGUGUCAGUUUGCAUUAAAGAUGGUUUGUGUAAGA